UGAUUUGUUAAAUAAAUCGUCUGCUGAUUCAGAGUGUUCUAGUAGAAUGUAGCCGAUUCUUUAAUUGCGAUAAUAACGCCAAAUUUUGAUUUCAAGAUGGUAAACAAACCAAAAAAGUGACAGAUACUGAGAUAGAUCUGACUGAACGAUUAGGGUUCAAAGUGACCAUGCAUUAUUAUGAUUAUAGCUAACAUAGCUCUUCAAUUACAGAUAUUGUAGACCAGUAUGUUUGGUAAUCUAUUUGCCAAGACGACAACCACUAUAGCCACUGGGGGCAGUGACACAAGUGGUGAUGCUGCUAGUGCAGGAUUUACGACCUUGAUACUUAUAGUGAACGUUAGCAGGGCGAAUUCUAAAAGUGAUGAAGCUCACGUCGUUGCCACAGAGCUUGAGAAUCUGGCAGCUAAAAUGGCAGUUCCAAAUUUGUCUAUGGUACAGAUGAGGGAUUAUCUGUGUCGUGUUGCAUACAUCUGCAUGAUGGGAUAUGAGGUGGAGUUUGCCUGUAUUCAUGCGGUCAAACUGGCACAGCUGGGCACAAAUUAUGAUAAAAGGAUAGGAAGUCCUUUCUAAGAGAAAAUAAAUUUUGGGCAGAAUUUUGUGUAAUCAAGAUGAGGAACUUAUUAUUGCACGAUACCUGGCGUGUUGUCUGCUACUGCACAGAGAUCAUGACCUUAUCCUGCUGCUGAUCAAUACAAUACAGAAGGAUUUGAAGAGCGGCAACAUCCUCGACAACCUGGCAGCCAUGACACCUGUGCCCAGCUGGUACCUGCUGAGCUGGUCCCCAGCCUUCUACCAAUAGUAGUGGCAAAACUUCAG